AUGGGCCACGGUUUACAUGGCAGGCUAGGCUGCAACCGUGCUUACUGCAGUCUCCACUCUCAGUCCCCAGUCCCCCACUCUCACUCAGCUGGCCUCACCCCGCCGCCGGCGACCUCACCCCGCCGCCCCGUCCCCAGCCCCGGCAGCCACCCACCGGCGAUUCGAGCAAUUGAGAGAGGAGACGAGAUGAUGGAUCCGGCUGCUGAGAUUCCCCAGUGCCAAGGGGCCGGUCCCAUCGCCGGAUCGCCGUGUGUGGAAGAUGACAAGGCCAAGGACCAAGGUGCCGAUCCCAUUCCCAGCUCUCCGUGUGUGGAUGGAAAUAGGCUGCUGUGUUCCAGGCCGCCAGCCGAUCCGGUGUCCAAUGUGCUCAGCGACGACAACCUCCUCAUCGAGAUCCUUGUCCGCCUCCCUCCAAAGCCGUCCUCGCUCCCCCGCGCGUCGGCCGUAUGCAGGCACUGGGGCAGCAUCCUCUCCGAACCCAAGUUCCGCAAACGCUUCCGCAAGCACCACCGGAAACCUCCUCUGCUCGGCUUCUUCAGAGGGUAUGCUAAAAGCUUCAUUCCUGCUAUGACUCGCCUGACCGCAUCCCUGCUGCCCGCUUCUCCCGGUCAAAGAGCAGCACACCAUACCAUGAACAUGAAUACAUGGGCUGCCGCCACGGACUCUCUCUCCUAAUCAAAGAGUUUAACGGCGAGACCGUCGUGUGGCUUUUCCACCAGGGUUCAACAACAGCGUCUUGAGGAGGGAUUACUGUGCCUGGCAUGGCACUGUAUUGUGCAUCGAUGCCGAAGAUGGGCAUGUCCACGGAGAUUGCUUCUCGAGCCCGUUUAAAUUGGUUUUGGUUUGCGCUGAGUACAAUACACCGGCAUUUUGUUCUGUCUACGACUCGGCGUCUGGUGUUUGGGGAGAUAUUUUCUCGAUGAUGACGAUAACAGCUGGAAUGUCUAGGUUAAGAAGGCCCAGCACCCUUGUCGGGAAUACACUUUGCUUGUUGAUUUCUGGAGGUGAUGUCCUUGUGUUUGAUUUCGGAAUGCAAAGUCUUGGUCUGAUCGAAAAGCUGGUAGAAAACCAUGGUACCGAUGACUGGUAUUUUCAUCUCUUACGGAUGGAGAAUGAUGGACUAGGCCUUGCUAUUUCGCUGGACCUGACUAUCAAAUUAUGGGAGAGGAAAUCUAACUGCGAUGGUGUUUUUGAAUGGGUGCUGCUGCAGAAAACCAUUCCACUUGAGGGUAUGGUUCCAACGAGAAUGUAUUCUGCACUUUUCGUCGGGUAUGAUGAGGACGCAAAUGUGAUUGUUCUCACUACUGUAACCGGCAACUUCACACUCCAAGUUGACUCGAUGCAGAUCAAACAUAUUGUUAAAAGAAACAACAUAUGUCCUGACACCUUUUAUCCCUACAGGAAUUUCUAUACUGCAGGCAGGAGAGUUGGGACGAAAGGAGCGGAUCUGGAACUGUGUACACACUUGAUCUGCUAACAUGCUAUCUUGGUCAAACAACUUAGAUACUUUUAUCUUUUCAUAUAUCUUUUUUUUUUGCUUGGUUACCCAAUUUGCAAGAAGCAUUUUCAAGAAGCAUGCCUUUGUGCCAUUUUCCGUUUGUACUCUGAGCCUCACAUAUGGGUUGGCACACAAAAGUAAAUCUGGAAUGAGUUGACAAUCUUAGAGUUUGUUUGCCUCAGAUGAUAGGCGGUGAGUCACCGAUCUCGUAAUUUCUACUGUGAUCGUGUGUACUUAACUACUUAUAUUGCAAGAAUCUUGAAAACAUGUCAGCAUAUAGGUGGCAAUGCAAACUAAAUGUUCCCUUAUUGUUGUUCUCCGUUUGUAGUAUUAGCUUGUGUACUGGGCCGAUUCAGCUUUGGAUAUUUUUUUUUGUAUAAUCUGCACUCCAGCAAAGUUAAUGCUUAUUUUUUGGGGAUCAUACAAAAUUUGUUCUGCUGUGAGAGAACAUUACCAAUUUGUUUGACUGGGAUGACAUUGAUUGUUCUGCAGGUGGUAUUAAGAGAGAGUGAAAUUCGGGUUGCUGGGACACCGCCAUGACUAGUGGUCUAGGGAGGUUCUUCUGUUUUGCUGAGACGCUGGCAUGGGUAGUUAGUGUAGUGAAGUUGUUCUAUUUUUCUGUGACGCAGACAUGGCUACUCGAUGCUCAAAUUGUCCUGCUAUGUAGUCUAUUAUGUUCUUCUAUGAUGUGGUUGAUGCUGA